CUGGAGGAGGAGGGGAGUGUGUUCACAGCAGUUGCUCUUUCUUUUUAUAAAAUAAGAAAAGAAGACAUCCAGUUUCUUAGGGCCUUUUUUCUUUUGCAAAUAUAAACUCUGGAAUCUCCUGUCGUUUGGCUUUUACCUGCUGUGAAGAAUGGAAAGUUGGAAGCUAGAGGGGGAGGGGAUUGAAGGAGUCCUUAAAAAUAUUAAAAGUUGUUGUGGAGCAGUUUUCUAGUAUAAUUGUGGGCGGAAUGUUGGCACUUCAAAAUCGGACAGAAUAUUAAUCUAGGACAGCAGAUGUGUAUAUAUGACAUAUAGGCCCCAGUUUGAACUCAGGAUUUCUUACCAAUUUCUGGGAUCCUGGUCCACAUGUAAAACAGCCUUAGAAAAUGUAAUUGAACAGGUUGUAAUUGUAAUGGCUUGUAUGUACUUUUGGUUGCUCUGCAAGCUUAAGGCUGAGGGACACAGUUCCAAUACGGAAUAAUAGAUGGUUAUUAUAUGCCAGCAGUGGGAAAAUAUUCAUUUUAUUACUGUUCGGUGACGUGGAGAGAAAGUAUAAAUUAAAGAUGGCUCUGGCAAAGUGCAUUGCCCAGUGAGUUUUAAAGUGAAAUGGGCAGGAACAAAACACAACACCUUGCCAUAGAUAUUCUGGAGCAUGAUCAGUUUUCCAUAAAACUUUGGACAGAGCUGGUGUGGAAAAUGUCCUGGUGGAGUUUCUGAUGCUUACAUGUACUUCCUCAUUUUUUGUUGCUUGUGUAAAGGAAGUUGUAACUGAUUUAUAUAAGCUCUGAACAGUUUUCGUUUUAUGUAGAUCUGGGUGGCGGGAAGAAAAGUUAUGUGGGCUUGUGUGCUGACUUUCAUGAUCUGCCAUAAGAAAUACAUGAGAUUAUCACCGAGCACGUGUACCAUCUUCCUGUGACUGGAGGCCUCUUACAGGAAAUCUUCCACCCAUCAAUGCACUGCCAAUGGUGAUACUAUAAACUGGAGCAAUCCUGGACUCAGUGACAGCAGGAGCUUACCUGCCCAGAAACAGAGCAGCAGUCCUGCAAAAGCUAGCUCAACAGCUCCAGAUGGAACAGUACACCUCUGUGAGAAAGGUGGUGUAAUACCAAGGGCUGCACUGCUGCCACAUCACAGUUUUGUGGGGUUUCAGAGUGGUUCUGGGUUAUAUCCUUCGUUGUGACCUCAUGGUUUAAGCGGGCAUAAAGAUGAGUAUAAGCAGUGAUGAGGUUAACUUCCUCGUAUAUAGAUACUUGCAAGAGUCUGGGUUUUCUCAUUCAGCAUUUACCUUUGGUAUUGAGAGCCAUAUCAGCCAGUCUAACAUCAACGGUGCUCUGGUGCCCCCAGCUGCAUUGAUAUCCAUCAUCCAGAAGGGUUUGCAGUAUGUAGAGGCAGAAGUCAGUAUUAAUGAGGAUGGUACUUUGUUUGAUGGUAGGCCAAUAGAGUCCCUCUCGCUGAUAGACGCCGUAAUGCCAGAUGUGGUACAGACAAGACAGCAGGCUUAUAGAGACAAGCUUGCUCAGCAACAGGCGGCCGCUGCAGCAGCAGCAGCUCCAACAAACCAACAAGGGUCUGCAAAAAAUGGCGAUAACAAUACUGCGAAUGGAGAAGAAAAUGGCGCCCACACAAUAGCAAAUAAUCAUACAGAUAUGAUGGAAGUGGAUGGUGAUGUCGAAAUCCCUCCUAACAAAGCAGUGGUGCUGCGUGGCCAUGAAUCGGAAGUAUUCAUCUGUGCCUGGAACCCUGUUAGUGAUCUCCUGGCCUCAGGAUCUGGAGAUUCAACGGCAAGAAUAUGGAACCUUAGUGAAAACAGUACCAGUGGAUCCACACAGUUGGUCCUUCGACACUGUAUACGAGAAGGGGGGCAAGAUGUACCCAGCAACAAGGAUGUGACGUCCCUGGAUUGGAAUAGCGAUGGUACCCUUCUAGCAACAGGGUCAUACGAUGGAUUUGCAAGGAUAUGGACUAAAGAUGGUAAUCUCUCCAGCACGUUAGGGCAACAUAAAGGUCCCAUAUUUGCAUUAAAGUGGAACAAGAAAGGCAACUUCAUUUUAAGUGCAGGCGUGGACAAGACCACAAUUAUUUGGGAUGCACAUACUGGAGAAGCCAAACAGCAGUUUCCUUUCCAUUCUGCACCAGCACUAGAUGUUGACUGGCAAAGCAACAACACAUUUGCCUCCUGUAGCACAGAUAUGUGUAUUCACGUCUGUAAGUUAGGCCAAGAUAAACCCAUCAAAACCUUCCAGGGCCACACAAAUGAAGUAAAUGCAAUCAAAUGGGAUCCCACUGGUAAUCUUCUGGCAUCUUGUUCUGAUGACAUGACUUUAAAGAUCUGGAGUAUGAAACAAGAUAGUUGUGUCCACGAUCUACAAGCGCACAACAAAGAAAUUUAUACUAUCAAAUGGAGUCCUACAGGGCCAGGAACAAACAACCCAAAUGCCAGUCUUAUGUUAGCAAGUGCAUCCUUUGAUUCUACAGUCAGGUUAUGGGAUGUAGACAGAGGAAUCUGUAUCCACACCUUGACGAAGCAUCAAGAACCUGUGUACAGUGUAGCUUUCAGUCCCGAUGGCAGGUACCUGGCCAGUGGCUCUUUCGACAAAUGUGUACACAUCUGGAAUACACAGACGGGUGCUCUAGUGCAUAGUUACCGGGGAACAGGAGGCAUUUUUGAGGUUUGCUGGAACGCAGCAGGAGACAAAGUUGGAGCGAGUGCUUCAGAUGGUUCAGUUUGCGUACUAGACCUACGGAAAUAGCGCUACUAGUUGGAAGCCAUGGACCGACUAUGAAUGUGUACAUAGCCAAAAUGACUGUCCCCUUGACCCAUGUACUGCUAUAGUCCCAAUGGAACCAUGGCCAGUCCACUACAGCCAAACCCGAAAGAAUUAUAUACAUAUACUGUAUAUUAAAAAGCAAAAACAAACGAUUACACCCUGAAGAUGACAGAGUUUUGUCACAGCUUGUGAAGCCUGUUCACCAAGUGCUGGGAUCUGCCGUGCCCCCCCAAAAAAAUAUGUAAGCAUUUUGGAAAUGGGAAAAAAUAAACAAGACAAGAGCGAACGAGAGUGAAAGAGAGAAACCUAACUGUGUGCAUGCAGCCCAUUGAGUGUACCAAAUUAGGGAAAGCACCAUAUGGCUGCUGCUUUUUUUCUUCUCCCUCUUCCCCCACUUUUCACGCUUCUUAAAACAUUGAAAGAUUGGAUUUUCUUCUUCUUCUUUUUGGCUUUCUUUCUCAGUAAGUGAUGAGCAGUUUUUGUGUGCAGGAAAAAUGAGUUUGCAUAACCCGGCAACAGUAGUUUGUCCAUUGCUCCCUCCUGUUUCAUUUUAUUGAUGCGCAAUUCCGGGGUGUGAAUCAGUUUCAUGCUGGUGGUUCUCACUCAGAAUUGGGGAAAACCAUCCUUUUGCAGCAGUUCUUUUGAAAGUGUUAUUUUAAAAGAUGUAGACAUCUGGAAAUGUUGUGGAUAUCUGAUCAGUUGGGAAAGGAGGAAACAAAGCAGAACUUUUUGAAACAUUAAGUUCAACAUUCCUUUAUGUUAAUAAGAUCCAUUAGUUAUGGGUUCACAUGUUGUAGUGGGAGAGGUGGCUUCUUUUGAUAGUGACUGUUCCAAAAUGCAGGCGUUCCUAACGUAAAAUAUUUCUGCCCAGUCUAAAAGGGUAGAAAAAGUUAAGAGCAUGCAGAAGACUGAUGUUUGUGACACAAGCACACAGUGGGGGAUCAGAAUUGUGUCACUUGCCCAACCAGAAGCUUGUGUGUUGUAUUUGUUUCAUAGGGACCCACACAUACACACAGAGCCCAGGGGUGUCUGCCUAAUCUGUACUCUUCAACACAAGAGGUUGCUCUUGUUUGAGAUGGGUUGGUAUGGUCCCAAUCCCCCCUCCCUGUGUGUAUGUUCCAAACUUCAGCCCAGGAGUCCAAUAAACCAAGAAACAGAUCCUCUUUUUCUUUGAAACUGUAGUCAUGGACCAAUUGCAUACUGCUAAGAAGAGGAAUGAAAUAGUGGAGAAAAGGGAUUGGUUCGUGUUUAGAUUCAUCUGGGCGAGUGUUUUUGCUACAACUUCUGUGAGAGUUUUGCCCAUACUUACUCAGAUGUCAAGUGUAACCAAAUUCCAAAUUAAAGUAUUUUUGAUUUUUUUUUUGUUUGUCUUCAUACAAAAACAUCUUUAGCAUCUCUCUGCUGCUGUGUCUGGAAUGAGGCAAGACACUUACUUUCUUAAGGUACUGAUCCACUGGAAACUUUUUCUGUACAAAGCAUGUUGAAAUGGAAAGGAGGAACUCCACCUUGUGGUGGUGCUCAGCAGACAUGGUGCUGGUGAAGUUCCCAGUAAAUUAUGCCCCUUAGUUUUCCAACAAAGGGAAAAGAGAAGACAAAGGACUUAUUUCAAGUUUAUUUAAAUACUGAGUGAUUGAGCUUCCAUAAAAGAAAAUGGUCUUGCACUGAUUUGACCCCCACUGCUCCUGUCUCAUAACUUUUAUAUGUGCAUGUGACAUUACCCUCCCCUUUCCCAAAUUUAAAAUAAACGUAAGCUGCUAUUUGUUUUUAGGGGAAAAAUAUGAUCACUACUAUAGAGUGUCUCUUUGUUCCUAAUAUCAAGUAUCACUUUUCUUUGCGUCACAGCGAGAGGCUUUUCUGACAGUUUGCCUGCUCGCAUGUUUGAUUAAAAGUUAAUGCCUGUUGUGAUACCCUCUUCAUAAAAGUAUAGCAUGAAGGCGAUUCUCUGCCAAUACCAUGAUUAUAUCAUGUUUUAUGCAGUCCCAACCUUUUCUUAAAAAGAAAGAUUGUCAGGGUUUUUAACAUUUCACCAAGUUUUUUACUUCAAUGAAUGAUUUAUACUCGGUAGCUUUGCAAGACCUCAGCGCUAGAUCACCAUUUCAGUCACAGCAACUUGGUAUACAAAUACUAGACGUCCAAUCUGCACGGGUGGUUCUUUCCUUUCCGUGGGCAGAACAGCACAUGGCAUGCCUUUGGCAAUGGCAGCCCCCUACGGAAUUCCCUUUUCACUGCCUGAUCAUGCCUCGCGCAGCUGAAACAGCAGCACGCCGCGCAUUUCCCUGCGCCAUUUCAUCGGCAGGCAGGAAACACAACAUAGUCUAGUUCCACUCAGCAGGACCCUGAGUAAGACCUGGAACUUUAGAGAGCAAAGCGGCAGAGGAAAGGAGAGGUGGGGAGAGGGGCAACAGAAUUUAGCGCUGCCGUUUUCAGCAGCAGCCCCGUUCUCUUCAUCACAGGUAGUUCCAUCCUUUAUAUUUCAUUCUCGGUGGAGCUGAGCCAGAGAAAGCAACUCAUUAGCUUUUUGGUGUCGGUGCUGAUUUCUGCCCUCUCUCCAAGCGUGCACCCCCCUCCCUGGCCUUUUGAAGUCAGCAAAGUGCUGCCAUAAAAGGCUUGGCAAUCAUUUUAGCCUCCCUUUGAUACAGGCACCUCCAUUAUUAUAUGGGUUGACUCUAUAAAGGAAGCCACAGCCUUGAAUUUGCAAGAGCUGAGCAAGGCUAUCCAUGGAUAGGACAUUUUGGAGGGCUUUCACUCAUAGGGUCGCCAAAAGUCAAAGAUGACUUGAGGGCACAUAGCAAUUGUACUGUUACACACAACACUGCAAGAAACCAAAAGGAUUUAUACCCAUUUGGGCAGUCAGUCAUCUAAUACGGCUCUGUACCAGCUGUUUGUAGGGGGUUGGGAAUAAGCUUGAUAUGUUUAGGAGGAUUUCCCUGUGAAUUACAAUACGUAAGAAACUUAAUCUGUUGAGUAUCCGGCACUUGAAAAAUAUUGCUUUCAAUUGCUGGAGGUCCAGGACUGUGGCCGACCUCUGUCAUUAUUAAAAUAAUUUAAAAGAAGUUUUUAAAAUGUAAAAAAAAAAAUAAAAAUAAAAAUCUGUGCAAUAAUUUUAAACUGUGCUCCCAGGAAUAGAGGCAAAUGUGUUUGGGGGUGGGGGGAUUUUUAUUUUGAGUAUAUUUAAACAGCAUUUUCUUUUCCUUUAGCAACGCAAAUGUCAAUUGCACUGAACUUAAAUCUUAAAAAAAGUCAGAGGUGAUUCUUGAUAGUACUUUUGUAUUUUGAUAUGGACAGUCUGUUCGUUUUUUUCAUACAAGCUCUUGAAAGGAUGUUUGGUGGACUUUAAAAAAAGUGUAUAAAAACAAAAGAUGGUGUUGAACUCUUGAAUUUCUCACACGGCUGCAUGAUUCCACAGCAACAUUCACAUUUCUGGUUUUGCAACUGUUUAGCUGUGUUUUGUUGUUGUUCUGCUUUGUUUGUUUUCUUGUUUGAUUUUUAAAAAUUGAUUAUUGCCAUUUAAGUGUGAUAUAGCUGAUUUCCCUUCCUCCCCCUACUUUUGCUCUGAACACAGCUCAAGAUUUUAUUUUUUGGGGCCACGUUCAGCCAGUCUUUCUCUCCUUGAGGCAAGUGGCCCAGAUUCUGUAUUCCAACAGCAGCAGAGGGGAGAGUUACUUACUUGGGCCAAAUACCUGGACUGUAAACAUGGCCCUAGUUCUAUGUACUUAAUCUUACUGAAAUAAUCACUGUUGAGAAUAUGCAAAAAGGGUGCAAGAUCGUAGCCUUUGGCUGCGCUUCAGAAAAUGGCAUUUAUCAGGUAUGUUUGCACUGUGGGCUUUUCCCUCGCCUGUCAACUCCACAGCUUCUGUUCCCUGUCUCGUCCUACAAUGCACACCCCAUUAAAUGACCGUCAACCACCACCCAUCGGUGGGCGUGGCUUCUGCUGCAGAGCACUGGGGCGAGGAAAAGCCCACGUGGUAGUUCCUUGUGUUUGCAGGAAUGGGCUGCGUGAGCUGCCCCAAAUUGCCAGACCGUGUGCUGCUGCCCUUCAUCAGUGUGCCACAGUGCUGCUCCAGGUUUGAACUGCCUUCAGAAAGGGACAUGUGUAGAACAGGGCAGGAACACACCCACACGCCAUUUAGUGGGAUCCGUAAAAACGGCUGGCUCGGUUGCCAUUUUUUGUAUCCAGGAGAGCCAAUGUGGAAAGACUCCUUGGCCUUCGUUACUACCUAAUCCUUCUUCCAAACAUUGAGCGUUGUAAGUGUUUUCCAGCACCUCUCUCAGUCAUGAUCCAUAGCCUGAAAGACAGUCCAGCAUGAGGGAAAGAGCCUCAAAUAUUUGCAGGGAAGAAUGGAUAGGGACGGAAGGGGCAUCCACCCUCCCUCUGUCUGUCCCACCAAUUCUGCCCCCAAGUGCUCACUGAACCACAGACUUGAUCACACUGAGCUCUGACCUGAAUCAUUAGCUGCUUCUGGAGAAAACUGAAUGUCAAAGACACCAUGACCAUAAAAGCUUUGCAAUUCUUCAACAGGGGUUCCAAAUUUCCUUACUUUAAGGCAUUUUCUAGUACCCAUUAAUUUGGCUGGGAGUGUUUGCUUUUCUUAAAAUCGAAAGCUUAGAACAUGGCUUUGGUAUGAAUUGUGUGGAGAAAGAGAGGCAUGUAAAUGCCUGGUCUGCUUCAGCAAAACUAGUACAAUGACAUCAAAGUGGACAGCAAACGGGUGGCGUUUUCAAAAUGCAGGCGCAGGUUUCCUGUGGUUACACUCCUGAGAGCAAGGAGCUGAUGUAACUGCUCAGCCACACAGACUGAUCUCUGCUUCCCUGCAAAUAGCUGAUGUCUCAGCUGAGGGCAUUGAGAUGGAGCCAUCUCAGAACUUUCAACCAGAGUACAACCUAUUUAACCAGUCAGUGAAAAUUGCAAAUUCACAAAGAACCCUAAGCCUUUUUCUGGACAUUGUCUUCCAAAUGGUUGUGCUUAUUUUAGGUGAUUGUGGGGCAGAUGGUAUUAGCAUUUUGCAUCCAAAUAAAACUCAAAUAGGGGUUGAUCUUUUUUAAUGAGGGAGGCAAUGAAAAAGACUCAGUAUUUGUACCAGUUUACUGCUUUUCUACAGUGCUAGGAAGCUUAAGGAGUAAUUGGUAGCUUAAUAUUUCCAUUGAGUUUUGAAACAAGUAUGUGAAAGUUUAGUGAUGUUAGGGAGUUUUGUGUUGGGCAAACUGCUGCUGAUACGGUGGCAGGGGGGAUCAUACACUGCAAAUAAGCAGGAAUUUUGUUGUCUUUGGAAAGAGAAGCUUCUCCCCAUGGGGAGAAAUCCUGCUUUUUAAUUAUUUUCAAAGGGGGAAAAUACAUUGGGCCAAAUUGUAAAGGAGAGAGAUUUCCACAUACUUAGAAACGGCAGGAUGGGUUGAUCAGGAUAUGCAGCGAGGAAAAACCUGCAUUAGCUAAGCAAGGAAAGCAGGGAAAUUGGCCUCCCAGAUCUUGGUUGGGGAAUUGCUUUUAGAAUUGGCAUGAAGGGAGUUCAUGUCAUGCUUUGACAGAAGGAGGCAGCAUUGUGGCACACGGACAUUUGAGCCAUAGGGAGAAUCCACAUAGGUGUCCAAGGGGGUGUGCACUACAUCCGCAACCUCAGGCCACCCCCUUGCCUGCAAUACUCCUCCCUUGCAUUCCAUGAUGGCUUCUAGCUCCAGCCACCAACCCACCCGAAUCUGUACUGACAGUGAUAGCCAUGUUGUGUUGAUUACAGAAAUUGCGCAAUAAUCCUGAAACACAUUGCCUUUAAGGAGUUCUGCUUUUGAUGGCUUCCCGCAUUUCAGGAUCCUUGUACACAAGCAGAACAAUGUCUAGGAAGCUGCGUUCUAAGUAGGCCUCUGGAUUUGGGCAGCAGUAAAGCUUUCAUAUCAAGGCCCUGGACCCUACCUAUUCUAACAAGUGAUGUUUCCCCCAGCUUAUCCUAUAUAUAAACUGCUGUUCAUGUGUCAACCCCAUAAACUGGCACAAAUGCCGCUACCAAUGAUGCAGGUAUGUUCAACUAAACAUUGUGAUAAAGCCUGAAUCCUUUAAUUCCUUACAAGUUCUUAGUGUUGAGGUUAAUAAGAAAGAACAUUUUUUAAUUUUUAUUUUUUUUAAAUUCUCAAAUUUGUGGAUACAUGGGGAAAUCACUCUGUUUUGUUGUUGUUUCUGCUGUGUGCUUUGCGAACUUAUUUUUCAACAGGCUGUGGUAAGCAAGUCAAACACGUAUGAUACAAAAGUAAUCGCUCUUUUCUUUCUCCCCUUCUUCUCUCCUGACUUUGACAUUGUAGUUGUAAAAAGGUUCCAAUUUGGAGUUGCAAAUCUUUUGGGUCCACUUCUGUGAGCCUUCCUAUAGCACUGGAUAAAAAUGUCUACACCAUUUCUUCAGUUAUAUAUCCAGUUAAAUUACAAAUGUUGUACAAGUGUAAACCAGCCCAUGUGACAGGUUUUAUUUUUUAUUUUUAUUACUUGUUCAGAAAGACUUUUUAUUCAGUUUUCAUGAUUUAUUGUCUAAAGAAAACUGAUAUAGAUGUUCUAUACUGUCCUGGACCCAUGUCAAUUACACCUUUUAUGAUGUACUUUGGUUCCACAUUAUGAUGAUUUUGAUCCCCCACCCCCAGAAGCCCUUUCUUAAUCCCAUUCUGGGCACAUUUUCUGUUGCAGUUUUCCCUUUGCAUUGUAUUGCUCUGACAAGUGUAAUUUGAAUCAGAUCUGAAAGAGGUCCAGAAUAAAAUAUAUUUUGAUACGA